GUGCGCUUGACCAAAUCACGUGUGAUAAAUAAAACGUAUGGUCGUCCGGCGACUGCUUUAUUUUAUGUCAAUCAGCCGGUUGGUGCUAUCGUGCCAAAAUGUUGAAGAUAUCAAAAUUUUUGCACAAAGAUAAAUUAAAAUUUGUUAAAAAUUCUAUUUCGAAUUUCAACUGCAAUGUGAUGAAAAAUAGUGAAAAUGUAUUAUUGAAAGUGAGGAUUUUAUUCUACGUUAUGGCUUUUAUACAUCUGGUUGUGGUAUCGAUUAUAUUGUUGACUAUCGAUUUCACGGAAGCUGAAGAUCCUAGUUUAUGGAUGUAUGCAAAUGUGAGAUGGAAACUUAUAACAUGUUGGUUUAAUUUAUUGUCUUUGGUAUAUUUACCAAUCUGCAUCUAUUGCGAUCUGAAAGAGUUACGCGAUGAGGAUAAAGAGCUGCACGUUAAAAGGUUGAAUAACAUUAGAUUUUUAAUAUUUACAAGCAUCCUGUUACCCACGAGCAUUUUUGCAGAUAUACUUUUUUGGCGGUUAUGGAUGAAGGAUAGAGAGUUGCUGGCCCCUGUAACUGUUGACGCCAUAGUACCAUUCUGGACCCAACAUUGUAUGCAUACAGUAUCGUUGGUUGUCACCAUAUUGGAUGUAGUACUGGUGCCGAGGACAAGGCCGAAGAGUGUCGUACCAGGCUUAAGCAUAAUGUCAAUUUUCCUGUUUUCAUAUGUAACAGUGUAAGUAGAAAGAACAAUUACCUAAUCCCCUUGUCAUUGCAUAUUAUCAAAUACUAGCUGUUUUAUCUCGACGUUACCAGACGAUACUCGUAUCAAUUGUAGCCUACGUCAACCGCGUAUAAGUAGCUUCCAAGUAUAAGUAGCUUCCAAUAGGCAUGGACCAAUAUAUACCAUAGGUGAAAUGACCGGAAAAGUUUUUCGGAAGAUUUUUUCCGACAAACAAAUAAAGUUAGAAACUUAAUCUCUUUAUAAUGUUACUAUGCCUUCAUGUUUAGAUCGCUUUCAGAUUUAUAACCAUUUUGUAAUUUGUAACAAUCUUAAGUUUUAA